UCCCUGCCAGCCCUCUGGCCUCUUCCUCCUCCCCCGCCAGCCUCCUUGCACUCCUCCCUGCCGACCCUCUCGUCCUCCUGCCCGCCGACUGUUCCUCCACCCUGGUCCCCUCCUCCCCACCCACGGGUCCAGCGGCAACGAGUUUCGAGCGGAGGCGUGAGGUGGGGUCGUACGAGCUGGCGGCCUCGGGAGGCAGGUAGCGGACGCCCCGCUAGGAGUAGCGGACCGUCGGUCGACAUGCCUUGAGAGGUUCUCGAGGUAUGGUUUUAUUUGCGCCGCUAUCUGCCGUCAAGUAACCUGAGGAUUGAAGUGCCCUUCCUCUCUCACACCACCACGAGCUAGCUAGCAUUUCACCAAGUAAAGAGGGAGUUCAAUUCUUGCAAGUCGAGAUGGCCGAAGUGAUGGCUAGCCCGAUGGGGUCCGUCAUCGACAAGCCGACCGAAUUAUUGCUUGCAAACGGGAUCCGUUUCCUGAAGGACGAGCUGAACAGCAUGUACGUGGUGCUGCAGAAGCUCGCAGAGAAGGAAGACGACCAGAUCGAUCCACUGGUCUUAGAGUGGAGGAACGAGGUGCGUGAGCUAUCCUACCAUAUUAAGGAUUGUAUUGACCGCUUCAUGCUCAAUCACAGCAAUGGAGAUUCCAAGGCAAACUUUGUUCGCAAGCUCGUGCGAAAGGUGAAGAUGGUGUCGCAGUACCAGCGAAUAGCAAUGGAGAUUGAAGAACUCAAGUUUCUUGUAAUCGAGCAGAGCGAUCGGGCCAAACGCUAUGCCAUCCAUCAGUACCUCGCCGCCUCACCUCACCCAGUGGUCUUGGAUCCACGAACACCUGCACUCAUUGCGGAGGCGACGGAUCUCGUGGGAAUUGAUGGUCCACGCGAGGAAAUCGAAAUGGUCCAGCAAUUGGAACCUGUCCAAGAAAAGCAACACAACGUGCAGGGCUCCGUCAUAGGCAAGCUGAGCGCCAUGCUCGCCGAGGAAUACCAGCUCCCAAGACACGUAAAGGGUGAUAUCCGCUUCCUGAAGGACGAGCUGAGCUGCAUGCACGUGGUGCUUCAGGAACUCGAAGACAAGGAAGACGACCAGAUCGAUCGACAGGCCAUAGAUUGGAGGAACAAGGUGCGUGAGCUAUCCUACAAUAUUGAGGAUCGCAUUGACCGCUUCAUGCUCAGUCACAGCCAUGGAGGUUCCAAUGCAAUCUUUGUGCACAAGAUCGUGCGAAAGGUGAUGAUGUUCCCGCAGCUCCAGCGAACAGCACAGGAGAUCCGAAAUCUUAAGAACCUCGUGAGCGAGCAAAGCGAAAGAGCCACUCGCUACGGUAUCUAUCAGAGUCUCGCUGCCUCGCGUCAGCCGGUGCUUAAUGACAGACAAAGCAUGGGCGAGUUUAUAGGAGCUGACAUGGGUACUUUAUUGCCAAAGCCUUCCAAUGGAGUACAGCAAGGUACACUUACGGUAUCAGGAAUGGAAGGUUCUGAGAUCAUGGAGCUUAACAUCCUUGAGCGCAUAGUAGAUGGAAGUGAGGAACCGAGCCAUCUAGAUUUGCUACUUCUACAGAGCAUCACGGACAAUUUUUCAGAGAAGCAAAGAAUUGGUGUAGGUGGAUGUGGAGAGGUUUACAAGGGCAUCCUUCGAAAUGGGGUGGUUGCUGUGAAGAGACUUUUCAAAAUCCGCACAAUUAAAGACAAGAUGUUUCAUCGGGAGGUCAAAAGUUUGAUCGCGGUUAGGCACCCAAAUAUAGUGCGGUUUCUUGGUUAUUGUUCUUUUACGGAAGAACGUGUGAUGCUACUUCAAGGAGGAACUAUUAUGGUCGAUAUACGGGAAAGACUGCUUUGUUUCGACUACAUAAGCAACGGAAGUCUUGAGAGCCAUCUUACAGAUGAACUGAGGGGACAUGAAUGGAAUACACGUUAUGAAAUUAUUGUGGGGAUUUGCAAGGGCUUGCUUUAUCUUCAUAAGGAGAAGGAUAUCAUCCACAUGGAUCUCAAACCUGCCAAUAUACUACUAGAUGAUCACUUGGUGCCAAAAAUUACAGAUUUUGGUCUAUCACGACUUGAUAAUAAUUCACAAACUGCAACUACAUCGCGUCUUAUGACACCAGUAUAUUGUGCUCCAGAAUACCAUUCAGAAGGCAAAUCAUCAAGCAAGUCAGACAUAUAUAGUUUGGGUGUAAUAAUCACGGAGGUGGUGACAGGAAGUAAUAAAAAGAUGCCCGACAUUACUAAAGUACUUAGAAGAUGGAGGCACAGGUGGAUUAAAUCAUCGAAUCAUACUCCGUUGAGUUAUCAACAAGUGACCAAAUGCCUCGAGUUGGCACAAAAAUGCACGCAACAUGACCCGACAGGCAGACCUGAUAUAUCAGACAUAAUUGAUGAGCUCAACCAAAUACGGGAUAGUACGGAAGACCAAUUCCAGGUAAUCCCUGGCUUGGAGGACAUGCUUGGGAUUGAACCUCUGGAAACACAUUUCGUCUUUGAAGAACCUGACCAGCAGAUAUCACACGCAAUAGAGCUAACCAACGAUACGGAGGAUUACUUUGCGUUCUUCACAAAGACAAGCCUACACCGGCUACGCACAGAGCCAGAAAAAGGCAUUGUCCCACCACGAUCCAAGUGCAGUGUCACCGUAACAAUGAUGCAACCGCUUAAUGCACUGCCAACUAAUCGCUACAAGGAGAAGAUCACCGUGCUGAGCACCAGAGUAGAUGGAGGUCUCGCUGCUAUGGAUAUGAAGGGAGACAUGUUCAUUGACCAGGAGGGUAAAGUGGUCGAUGAAGUCAAUGUGAUAGUUGUUCUUGGAAAGCCAUCCUUGGCAGAUGAAUCCUAAAUAAAAUAUUCUGAAUUAUCAAGAUGCAGCAGAGUGAUCUAGGGGAGACGCACAUAUGCUUUGACACUGAUACCUCAUACCUAUGCUACGUGGCAUUUGCCAGCGAACGGUUACUAGUAUAGUGCUAAAUGUUAACAUAUUCAUAUGACGUGGGACAAAGACAAACUUCAUAUUAG